AGCAGGAUGAUGUGGAAUUCUCCUCUCCUGCCUUAGGCUGCACCCCAUAUCUAUAUUCUACUGUCCCAUUUUUGUCCAUCAGUAACUGCUUGUUUCUCUCCACAUUUUGGCUACUCUCCUUGCUUAGAUCAAGUCAUUUCUUGUAUUCAUCACCCUCACGCUGAAUUGAUACCAAAUAUGCUAUUUGUAUCGAUCAUCUAAUGCAACCAACCCGGGGCUUCUCUUAGCAGGGAUACACAUUCUGACUUGAUAGCAAAGUAUGAGUACUGGCGCUGCCUCGCUCUCUGGUUUACUUUCGACAAGCGAAGACUCUGCAGAAAUGCCGAACACAAAGCGUGGAGCACAGCCAAGCAAACGCCUGGAAAAUGGGGCAGGUAUCGUCUUCUAUUGAUGACUCUGCCAAAUUAUCAGGGUUCCUCCCCUUCAUUCUCAACAUCCUAUUGUGCUAUCUUCCCUCAUCGCCCAUACCCACACAUAAGGUAAAUCCGUAAAUGCGGCGAUGAAGUCAGCCAAGAUGAAGAGAGGCAUGAAGAUGAAGAAAGCAGUUGCGAAGGCCUCCGCGUCCCUCUCCAUGAAGAAGGCCGCCAACGCAUCGUCCAGCUCCUCCACCUCCAUCAAGACAAUGAAGUCUGCAAAAACGAAACCCAGUGCUGCCAAGUCCUCCACUACCAACAAGUCCGCCGCAGCCGCAGCCAGUGACGACCACCAAGCCCUCAUCGAACAGAGCCUCACACCGGUCUCCUUCGAAGGCUCCCAGGAGCUCUUUGGAGCUCUCUCGGAAAAUGAGGCACAUCCAGGUUAACAAGAAUUUUCUCGUCUAUGGAUCAUCCAAGCUCGCGCUACCGUGUGUAAUCUUAUCGAUCCCAUUCCAUCGUUAGUAUUCUUCCAGCAGUUUGAAAACAGCUGUAUCAUUGUGCGACCUUAGGCCUUCUGACCCCUUACCCACAGGACGUCAACAUGAUCGACGUGGAGGAUAA